GAAUCUCCCUGUAGUAGAAGAAGAAGAAGGCGGAAGUGGACGAGAUUCAGUCGCGCUGUUGGUGUGUAUGUUAAACAGCAGCAUGGCGCUGAACGCAGAUGAGGAGGAUUUUGAGUGGGAGCCCCCGAGCGAGGCGGAGAUGAAGGUGAUUCAGGCUCGAAGGGAGCGUCAGGAUAAAAUCAGUAAACUGAUGGGAGAUUAUUUACUGAAGGGCUACAGGAUGCUGAGUGACUGCUGCGACAUCUGCGGGACGAUUCUGCUGCAGGAUAAACAAAAGAAGAAUUACUGUGUGGCCUGUCAGGAGCUCGACUCGGACAUCGAUAAAGACAACCCCGCUCUGAACGCUCAGGCAGCUCUGUCUCAGGUACGAGAGCGACAACUCGCCAGUCUUCACCCACUCGAGGCUGAUGAAACCACAGCCACCGUGCCAGAAGUCCCACCCAGUAGCAGACCAGAGCACUGCGAUGGAGCGGUGUCCGGCCUCAGAGCCCCUCCUCCCCCUCUUCCUCCUCCGCAACCCCGCCCCCUUCCUGCUGCGACCUCCCCCCCGCUGCAGAACCCGAGCAGUGUCUCCGGCUCUGUUGCUCUUACUCCUCGUCCUCCUCCUCAUCGCCAGGACGCCGUGGACGCGCAGGACGUGGUGCUGCAGAAGCUGCGCUGGGCCACGCAGGAGCUGCAGACGGCCGUUUCACUCGAGUCCUGCGUGCAGCUGUGCGGUCUGAUCCGCGCCUGCGCAGAGACACUGCAGAGCCUCAAACACCUGCAGGACUGAAACUGUGUGCAUACACACAAACACACACACACACACGCACAAUUUAAUCUGAGUUACUCUGUUCACACUGGCAGGACAUCACUGAUCUCACUCCAGGGUCAUGUUCUGGGGGUGUGGCCUAGUUAAUUAUUAGAAGCUACAGUGUGGUGUGUAACAUAAACACAUCUUCACACAUGUAGUUGUUCAUCGUAAUAAAACUCAGGAGGUGAAGCUGCAGAGUUCAACUGAUUUUCUGCUGAAUGAGAAAUAAACACCGGAGCUGAAGUUA